UCAUUUUCGAUUUGACUUAUUUAUAUGCCGUGUUUUUAUCUUAAGGUUAUGGAUAGUUAAUUAUUAUAACUAGUAAUAAGCAAAAGAAGUAAUAAAAAUAUCAACCAAAGAAGUGUAAUCAAUAAUUAAAAUUAACUUUCCAAUUAUGGGAAUUUUUGAGAUACCAAGGAUAUUUUUUCUGAUGUUGCUUUUGUUUUGUGUAAGUAGCAAAAAACUUAACUUGCGCGAUUCAAAAUAUUCUCGUGAUUCAAAGGAAUUGAAUGAAUGUCGAAGAUGUAAAGUGUUAACAGAUUCUUUUAAUACUUGGCUCGAGAAAACUUCUAGAGGAAAAUAUGAAGGCGGGGACACAGCUUGGGAGGAAGCAAAAUUGAAAUCUUAUGCACGUAGUGAGGUUCGUCUGGUAGAAAUACAAGAAGGUUUAUGUUCAGAAUUAAAAAUACAUCAAGAUGCAUGCUAUGCGAUUGCUGAGGAAUCAGAACAAGUUCUCGAAAAGUGGUGGUUCAAUAAAGAUUCAGUUUCACUAGAUUUAUACACAUGGUUAUGUAUUGAAAAUCUUCAACAUUGUUGUCCAAGUAAACAUUAUGGCGAAGCAUGCGAACCGUGUCUCCAAGAUGAGCACAAUCAUGUGUGUGCCGGACAUGGCCGUUGUGAUGGUGCUGGCACUCGGAAAGGAAAUGGUACAUGCAUAUGUAAAAAAGGUUACACAGGAAAACUUUGUGAUGAAUGUGCUGAGAGUUUUUACCAAACUAGUACAGGUUCUUGUGAAGUAUGCCACAAGGCUUGUGAUGGAUGUAGUGGGGAAGGUGCAGCUGCUUGUGAUUCAUGCAACCCUGGUUGGGAAAUGCAGUCUGGUGUGUGCAUAGACAUAGAUGAAUGUGUGGACGCAGUUUGUGAAGGUCACUAUUACUGUAGCAAUACAGAAGGCUCUUAUAAAUGUAAUGAAUGUGAUUUAUCAUGCAAAACUUGUGCUGGUGAAGGAUCCUCAAACUGCACAUCAUGUGAGUCUGCCAGUGUGCUAUGGUUUGGCAUGUGUAUAGACAAUGAACUCAAACAAAAUAUUUUAACAAGUACCUAUAAAAGAAUAGCAAUGUAUGUUGGUUUGCUAAUCAUUACAAUAUUUAUAUCACACACAUCAAGAUCAAUAGCUUCAAUUGUAGUUUUAAUUAUUGCAAUAUUAAUGUACUUCUUAGAGAGGAAUCUGAAAAUGAAUACAUUAGAUGUACUUACCCAAACAUUAAAUGAAAAUUUUAAAUAGUUUGUUACAUUGUAAUUAGUAGCUAUGUACAUACUUGUAUUAAACUCCAAUACAUAUUAUCCAGGACAGACCUAGUGUAACUCUUUGUUGUCUCUCCUCACUCAUCACCAGGAGAGUGAUGUGAUAUACCUAUUAACAAAGUCUUAUCUCCGUACUCAGAGACAUUCAAUGAUUACUUAAGUCACUCCUUAGUGUUAGAUUCUCAUAGAAAUUCUGCACUAGGGAACGGCUUAAGUAACCAUUAAAUGUCUCUCGAGUGUGUCCAAUAGAUACACAUUACAGUUAAUCAUAUUUAUGCAUAGCAUGCAUAUGAAUAAACAACUUUUGAUGAUAUUCUCUUCAUACCUUGAACAUUCCUUCUUAUUUAUUUCUUAGCCAAGUAUAUCCAAAGGUGGUGCAAAUAAUCUUAAGAAUUAAAAUACUCAAAGAUAUUCUAGAUAAAUGAAAGAUUUGCUCUUUUUUACAUAUUCAUUUUUCAUAGACCCAUUAAGUUACCAUUUAAACGGAUAUUAGUAUUGUUUUCAAUCAAUUUAAACAAUGGAGUGAUACAAUUUGGAAUCCCCUUUUACAAAAAUUGUUUUAUAGAAUCAAUAAAUUUUUGGAAAUCUAUAAAUAUUUUGGCCACAAAUGCCAAUAUACAGCACAAAUUAACAUUGUAUAGCUGUUUCAUAUUAUAAAUUCAACUGAGAUGGUGUGUUUUAUUUAAUUCCAAAAAUUCAAAAUUGGAAUCCUAAUAAUUAUUACUUACAAUUAAUGACUGUAUUUAUAAAUAAAAGACUUUGGAAAGGUGGUAUUAAAAAUACAUUUUAUUGCAAAAUUUAUGUAACUACAUUAUAGUGUCAUUUAUAUACAAAAAUUAAAUACAAUGUGUAGGUAUUAUAACCAAGUUGUGGAAUACUUAUAUAAUACAGCUGCUGGUGCAGAGAUUCGACACACAAACUGAAAGUAAUAACAGCAAAAAUAUAAACAUAGGCCUGGUAUUGUUAAAAUCAAUUAAAAUGAAACAUUUAUUACCCUUGCCACUAUUCACCCCAGAUUAUGUGCAAAAUCCCUUAUCCAUAAACAAUUAUUGUAGGUUAUAAUUAUAAAAUAAAGUAAUUAAAUAGUAAACUUAUAGUAAAAACAGGCUACAAGGUAACAUGUUUAUUAAACGUAAGGUAUGAAUGCACAUCUAUUAUAAAGGCCUGCUAAUUACGGCAGUUGUGAACAAGAUCAUGUCAUUUUUUAACAUGUAUCAAGACUAAUUGUAUCAGUAGUGACCAAAUAUUUAAAUGUUACUCUAUCAUUAUCAAGAAUACAAUUGGCAACGGUAAGUUUGGCAACAGCAAGCACAAGUAUUCUCAGUCUGACAAAAAGAUCAUUCUUAAUAGUAAUAAAAAAUAUAAAUAUACUAAUUUGUUCAUGCAAACCAACUGAUCCUCUCACUUCAUACUUAGCAACUGAUCAUUGCAUUAUGGUUUUAAUCAAUUCUUUACUGUACCUAGGUAAUUCAUUUUAAUAAAGGAAAUGUAAAACC